CUCCUCUGAAAAGACACUCGUAACAUUUGUUGUCUUUCAGUUUUGGGGAAACAGUCAUGUUCAGCCGCAAUUUCAAGAACGUGUUGGUGGUGUCUCUCGGCUUCCUGUCGCUCUUCACUGCCUAUGGAGGACUACAGAGCCUGCAGAGCAGCCUGAAUGCGGAGGAGGGGAUGGGCGUGACCUCGCUGAGCGUCAUUUACGCCUCCAUCAUCAUCUCCUCCAUGUUUCUGCCGCCCAUCAUGAUCAAGAACCUGGGCUGUAAGUGGACCAUCGUGGCCGGCAUGGCGUGCUACGUAUCCUACUCCUUUGGGAACCUUUACCCGGGCUGGUACACCCUUAUCCCCACCUCGGUCAUCCUGGGUUUGGGGGGUUCUCCUCUGUGGUCGGCUAAGUGCACUUACCUGACCAUCUCUGGCAAUGUGCAGGCGGCCAAAGAGGGCAAGAAGAGCUCAGACGUCAUCAACCAGUACUUUGGCAUCUUCUUCUUCAUCUUUCAGUCUUCGGCCGUGUGGGGGAACCUCAUGUCCUCGCUCAUCUUUGGACAGGACACCAACAUAGCUUACAUCUCAGAGGAGAAGCUGCAGUUCUGCGGGGCGGCUGACUGCGGACUCAACAUCACGUCCAACAGCACCACUACCAGGCCUGCGCAGGAGCUGGUGUGGACCCUCGUCGGCUGCUACAUUGGUGUGGGCGUGCUGGCCAUGCUAAUCGUGGCCAUCUUCCUGGACAACAUCGACCGGGAGCAGACCAGCGAGUUCCGUGGCAACCGGGAACCUUUCUGCCACACCUUCCUGGCCACCUUCCGCCUGCUGAAGGACUGGAGGCUGCUGAUGCUCAUCCCGCUCACCAUGUACAGCGGCUUCGAGCAGAGUUUCCUCUCUGGAGAGUACACCAAGAAUUACGUGACGUGCGCUCUGGGCAUUCACUAUGUGGGCUUCGUGAUGAUGUGUUUCGGAGCGUCCAAUUCCCUUUUCUCCUUCCUCUUCGGGAGACUCGCUCGCAUCACCGGGAGGACGGCGCUCUUCCUCCUGGCCGCCGUGACCAACUUCGCCUGCAUCAUCGCCCUCUUGUUCUGGAGGCCUCACCCUGACCAGUUGUGGGUCUUCUUUGUGUUUCCUGCUCUGUGGGGGAUGGCUGACGCUGUGUGGCAGACUCAGACCAACGCUCUGUACGGCAUCCUCUUCCCCCAAGAGAGCGAGGCGGCCUUCGCCAACUACCGCAUGUGGGAGUCUCUGGGCUUCGUCAUCGCCUUCGCCUACAGUACCUUCCUGUGCCUGGAGUACAAGCUCUACAUCCUGCUGUCCGUCCUGCUGCUCACGAUGGUCACCUACCCCGUGGUGGAGUACCACCAGCACAAGAAUCCCACGCCGGAAGUGGAGGACAAGCCCAAAGAAAUGGUGGUGAUGGACGAGAAAAACAUUUACUGCCAGACAAAACUUUAAUAUGAAAUACUAGCGACAAGAUAGAGACUUGGCCUUGUUCCUCCAUGUGAUGUUGUUUUCAUUUGUCAUUAAGCAAUAUCUACACACGUUCUUUUAUUUUUGUAUUCCAGGACACCCUCAACUUUUUGGAUAUUUGAUCCAAACAUCUUUCUGCUCCUUUUGACUUUUGUCAAAGAAAUAGAAACAACAACUUGAACAAACUUGAUUAUUUUGACAUCUUAACUUUUGUAUGAUAAUGAGUACUUUUUAAAGGAUUUAAAUUAUUUUAGUAAAAUAUGAAAUUUGCACUAUUGUUAUUGUGUUAUUC